AUUACACUGAAACUUCUCUUUUUUCUUCUUCUUACAUGAAAAGAUGAGGAGACACUCACACACUUAUUAGUUCCAUUCAUUAAACAUACUCUUACCCAUUACAGAGUACGAAGGACAAAGAAAGUUCAAGGAAUCCAUGGUAACUUGUCGAAACCCGACAACAACAAUUGCCUUAGGAUUUUUAUGUAGAUCUUGGUCCAUCGAUCUCUCAUUCACAUUUCUUCAGAAUUAAGGAACAUUUUAAUUAUGUUUCCUCUUACAUUUGUAACCUCAAAUCCAAGACUUCCAUCUCCAUUUUUCGUUGUCAAGUCUACUGCGUUGAGCAGGAGAAGCAUACCUUUUUCAUCUUCUACCUCUUUUCCUUGGAGACCGAACCUAUACAGAUCCAAUGGCUUCAAGCUCAAGUCAGCUACUGCUCCCGAGGAUGUGGAUGGAGGAGAUUCGAAAUCCGAAAGUUUGGUCAAAGGCUUGAAGCUAGGAGGCAUGUUCGGGGUUUGGUACCUUCUCAAUAUCUACUACAACAUCUUCAACAAACAGGUUCUUAGGGUUUAUCCUUAUCCAGCCACUGUAACAGCUUUUCAAUUAGGGUGUGGAACCUUGAUGAUUGCAAUACUGUGGCUCCUCAAACUCCAUCCACGCCCCAAAUUUGCUCCUUCUCAGUUCACGGCGAUCGCACAACUAGCAGCUGCUCACACGUUAGGAAACUUGUUAACAAACGUGAGCUUGGGAAGAGUAAACGUCUCUUUCACACACACAAUCAAAGCAAUGGAGCCUUUCUUCACCGUCUUGUUCUCUGUUCUCUUGCUUGGUGAGUGGCCAAGUUUGUGGAUUGUUUGUUCGUUGUUACCAAUUGUCGCUGGAGUCUCUUUAGCAUCUUUUACAGAAGCUUCUUUCAAUUGGAUUGGUUUCUGCAGUGCGAUGGCGUCUAAUGUAACCAACCAAUCACGGAAUGUUCUCAGUAAAAAGUUCAUGGUCGGAAAGGAAGCUUUGGACAACAUCAACCUUUUCUCAGUAAUAACCAUUAUAUCCUUUGUCUUACUGGUCCCUGUAGCAAUCAUCAUGGAUGGGUUUAAGCUUACUCCUUCGCAGUUACAAAUAGCUACAAGCCAGGGAGUGUCAGUGAAAGAGUUUUGCGUCAUGUCUCUUCUUGCUGGUGUUUGCUUGCAUAGCUACCAACAGGUAUCGUAUAUGAUACUGGAGAUGGUGUCGCCAGUAACACACUCGGUAGGGAACUGCGUGAAGCGUGUGGUGGUUAUAACAUCAUCCAUAAUGUUCUUCCAAACUCCAGUUUCACCUCUUAAUGCUAUAGGUACGGCGACUGCACUAGCUGGAGUUUAUUUGUACAGCAGAGCCAAAAGAGUAAAAGUAAAACCAAAUCCAAAAGGUUGUUGAAAAUUUGUCUGUAUAAAAAAAAAAAAAAAGAACUGUAGAAGGCUCUCUAAUCAAUCAUUAUAUUCUGCCUGAUGAGUUUGGUGUUAUUAUUUGUUGGUUCAAUCAUGUCGUCGUUUUAUACACCAUUACAUGAGAGAAUGUUUGUUAAUUCCUUUCACAAAUCAUCAAAGAAAGAAAGAAAGAUAUCCCCCAAUCCCACCAUCCGGGGGGGUAUUUUUGUA